ACUGUAUAUUAUUUUGGAAUACAAGUAGGAUGUUACAAUCAUGGGUAUCAAAUGGAACGUACCCAUCCAAUAUUUCGCCGUAAAAACAAACUUAACCUACAUCUAAACUCACAUAUGUCAAUGAGGGUUAAGUGAAUUGUUUCGUUUAAUAUUAAACUUUAGUUUAUAAUAUUAUUUAAAUAAUUAAAACUAGCAACUCGAUUACUAUUUACUUAUACAAAAGAUUUGGAAGACAUGGAUUAUCAAGAGGAACAAAAAAAUGAAAUAGAAGCACUAGAAUCUAUUUACUACGGCGACUUUGAAAUAAUUUCAACUAAACCGUAUCAUAAAUUUUCAAUUCCAAUUAAAACUGAAGAAUACGAACCAUAUAUGGCUAAUGGAUUGAGCUGUGAUCUUGUUAUUUCAUACACUCCGAAAUAUCCUGAAGAAGCACCUAUAAUAGAAAUUGAUAAUUGUGAAAAUUUUGAUGACGAAUAUGAACAAUUACUUUUAAAUUACUUAAAUGAACAGAUACAAGAAAAUUUAGGCAUGGUUAUGGUAUUCACAUUAGUUUCCAGUGCCCAAGAAUGGUUAAAUGUGAAAUGGGAAGAAAUUAAGAAAGAAAAAGAAGAACAGAUAGCCCUUAGAUUGAAGGAAGAGGAAGAAGCAGAAAUGAAGAGAUUCGAAGGAACUCGAGUUACUGUUGAAACAUUUAUGAAGUGGAAGAGACUGUUUGAAGAUGAAUUAGGUAUUACAAAAAAAAAAGAACUAUUAGAAAAAGAAGGGAAAAAACUGACUGGCCGAGAGUUAUUUAUGCAGGAUAAUACUCUUAAUGAAUCAGAUCUCAAAUUUUUGGAUGAAGGAGAUGCAGUUAAAGUUGAUGAAUCAUUGUUUCAGGAUUUGGAUGAUCUCGAUAUAGAUGAUGAUGAAGAUGAUGAAGAUUUCGAUCCUAAUAAUUAUCAUAGUGAUUCUUCAGAUUGAAUGAUGUUUUCUACAAAUUCCUGUUUUUUUCUUAUUGUUAUUAUAUAGCAUAUUAACCAUAAAAUGUUUUCUUGGUGUAAAAUUGCAUGUAUAUUAAGAAUAGUCCAUAUUUGGGUUCAUGAUGACUUCAAUUAUCACUUUAGAUUUGUUUCAUUGGAUUGUUUUAAUAUUCAUCAUUCUUCAAAGAUUAUGACAAACAAAAAAAAAUAACAAAGUUAAUUCUAUUUCCACAAAAAGGAAAAACUACUAACAAUGUAAAUACCAAUAAUAUUGGCCCUAAUCAAAAUGUGGUUUCCAUUAAUAUGCCGGAAUUUUGGGUUAAAAUUGUCUGUCAAUACCUCACAUUAGUAUUUCAUUGGUCUAGAACUGUAAACUUCAAUAAGUCCUAAGUUAGGGCUGGUGGAUGUCAACAUAACAAAGUACCAUUCUAAUUUACACUUUCUUAUUACUGGUUAAUAUUGCCCAACUUUUCCUUAAAUAUGUCUAUUCCCCAAAGAAGUAUUUAAUGGCCAUUGGGUACUCUCAGUAUAAGCGGGUAAUAGUGUAAUUUACUAUUUGCUGAAGUCUUGAACAUUAUUUGUCUUGAUACCCCAAAUUACUGUUUAUAUGGACCCAAAAGCUAGUGGAAUCCAAUAUAAAGCCAACUUUUAUCAGUAAAAUGUAUGGGUGAUUAUUAUAUGGGAAUCUUAAAAAGAAUGAUUUUAGGGUUGAAACAAUUGAAAUGCUUAUCUGAUGUAUUGACAGACAUAGUAUUUACUAAGUAAGACACAUUAAUGGUCCUACACUACUAAGUUAAGCAAAAGUGUUUGGUACCCUGUUAUACUCACUUAAGUGGGACACUUUUGCCAUUGGCAUAUUACGGGGUCCUUCAUAGAAAUCUUGCCAGCUAUUUUCUAUAUAAUUUAGUCUAUUUUCAUACUCAAAACUGAUGGUAUAUAUGUAUUGUCAUCAUCUUUGAUCAACAUAUCUAUGUAUUUUUUUUCUAUUGUCAUAGACAAAAGUAGAAAUUGGGAAAGGAGAUACGGCAACAGUUGUGACAAAUUGUUAGGACUAGGUUCAAAUACAGAAUAUAGAGUUUGCAACUUAAAACUAAGGUAGAAAACAUUAAAUUCAUAGGAAUUUUACAAGAAUUUAUACAACUUAAAGCCAUCACAAAUCUCAAUCGAUUAUUGUAAUUUAAAUUUUAUCAUACAUUUAUACAUAUUUCUCAUAUUGUACUUGACCAUAAUUUCAGUCCCAGAUGUUUCAAUGUUUCGCUUUUUUUAAAAAAUUAUUCAAAUAAUCCAAUUUUGAAACAGAAGAGACCUAAAAUCAAGAAUAUUGAGAAAUAUAAACUUAUCAAAAGGUUUAAGAAAUUAAAUUUAUACCAGCAUGUAUAAAAUAAUGCCUACCUACUGUAAUGUUGAACUUACAUAUGGAACUGAAGCCAAACAGACUCUGAAAAAUUUCGAAAAUAUCCUCCACAAAAUUGCAAAACUAAAACACCGAAAAAUUUUUCUAUUCAGAUGCAAAAACGAUAAGUUGAUACCUAUAUUUCUAAAUUUAAAAUUAUCCUGUAUAAAAUUUAGAAAUAGUUGCCUGCAGCAUGAAUAUCAAAAUCACGUUUUAUCUAGAUUUAUUUUCCAAGUCAUACAACUAUCUAUUACUGAAUCAUCUACUCUAGUAAGAAAAUUGGAAAAUGAUUUCAAAAACAUAACAGUUAAAAUAAAUAAAAUUAUUCUUAUAAAUAUUUUUCAGAAAUUUGAAGAAAGAUGUUGAGAAAGAACUAACUCUCUUUUUAAUAAAUGUAAAGAAGAAAAUUGAUAAACAAAUAUUAAACAACAUAUUGCUAAAAAUACAAAUGAAAUAAAAUCAAAAUGGAUCGAAAAUUCAACUGAUACUGUGAUACCAAAUGAAGCGAAAGAAGUUUUAUCUUUAGAUCCCAAUUUCGCACAAAAUAUUUCUAGUGACAAACAAUUACCUGUGACAAAUAUCUUAUGUAAUAUUGAAUGCAACAUCAAUCAUUUAAAUAACGAAAUUCAAAAUAAAAUAUUAUUUUUCCAAUAUUUAGAUGAUUACAUUACUGCCAUACCCAUGAAUCAAAUUGCAGAAAGAGUUAUUAGAACGCUGAAAACGAUAAUUCACGAACACUUCAGUCUUAUCAGUAUAAGUACAAAUGGAUCGUUGUUUUACCUCAAAUCACUAAGAAAUACAUUGAUACGAAACACGUAACAGUAGGACAAGCUGUAAACCAGAAUUAAAUGACAGCAACGAAAAGCUGAUUUUAAAUAAUAAACUCAGUCAUUUGAAAAUUACGGAAUCUAGAAAAUAGAGAGUUGGAGAUAUCGUGGGAAUAAGUAAAGCGAAACAUGUUAUUUUCAAAGUGAAAAUAACGAAUAACAUCAUUUUAUCAGUUUUCAAAGUGCUUAGAUUAAAUGUAUGUUAUAUGCGAUAUUUGUGCUGCAACUAGUUUAAUAGGAAAAGCGCCCAAGGAAUAGAUAUAUUACAAAAUACAUGUAUUUAAUUAAUGAUUCAACUCUAUAAAACAAAUAUAUAGAAAUAUAA